CACGUCUCUUGAGGGCGCUAUAACUUAACCUUGUCAACAACAAGAUCCAGGAAGUGAUCGGUCCGGUCGUCUCAUCAAGUCGAUCUCUCGAGAAACAUUAAUUAUUUCUCUCCUUUUUGUGUACAAAAUUGACUUGGUCAUUGAUAUGCAGCUUAGCUCGACAUAGAUGGCGCUAGCAUAGAUUUGGAGAAAGUGAUAGAUAGCUCUACCAAAAAAAUGUGGAAUAAAUGCAUUAGCUGCAAUGCUACUUGGUCUGAUGGCCAAUUUACACCUGGGUGUCAGGAAUGUGGCGGCUACGCCUUGAGUCGGCCUUGUCCUAUUUGCAGUGGCAGGUGCCAGGCUGUAUGGAACAGAGACACCUAUAUGAGUAACAAGAUGAAGUCACCUUUUUGGAACGGUGAUUGCCGACUUCCGGAGCCUGAGAAGCAGACCUACCUUGUCAGGACAUUUGUUGAGAACACUGAAGACGCUCUGGUGGAUGCAAUGAACGAUUUGUGUGGAAGCUGAGAAGAUGAUACAACAAAAGAUUACAAUAGGGACGAUGUGGUCCUAGAGGUUUAAUUUGCAAGACCAGUAAUAUUUUUAUCCUUUCACUGAACUGCAGCAAGUCAGCACAUCACCAGACAACAGGAGAGGAAAGGAGCACAUGAAAGACCUCUAGGUGUCCCUCUAGACCUUGGUAAUUGAGGAUAUAGGUCAAAUUUUUGAUAAUAACAUGAAUCUUAUCUGGGUCUUCUGAAGCAACCAUUUCUCAACUUUUCUGACGAGCUUUGAGAUCAAGAUGUGCCUUUAAAGGGCCUAUGCAAUGUCAUUUUCUUUAAUGCAAUGUCGUUUUCUUUAAUGCAAUCCUUGGAAAUGCACCUUUGUGUCCCUUUGUGUCGCUAUUUUCAAGUUUUGUUUUCCAUUGUCUUCCAUUUCAAGGAUAUUUUGGUGCCGCCUUUGUUUUUAUGCUCAUGGAAAUUUUCAUACUGGACCGGGACAUCAGGGCCGAGAUCACUGGGAGGGCUCAGCUGCCAAAGGGCCUCGACUUGAUUGAUUGAUUGAUUGAUUGAUUGAAAUUUUCAUAUUUUCUUGAGCAAACUAUAAUUUCAGCACCAAAAGAAUUUUCGGAUAAUUCGCUGUCAUAAAUUUUCUUGUUUUUGGGGAGUAAUUCGUUGUGUCAGUAAAUGGCAGUAGCCGGUGAGCAAACUUUUCUCGCAAAUAUUUUCAAUCAUUUUUUGGGGGGG